AUGGGUGACCAGGAGCCCUCAGGAGCGGCCAGCUCGUCACCUCCGCCGCCAACAAACGCAUCGGAGUCCGCAGCCCUCAAUUACGCAUUUCUGGUCCAUUCGCAGAAGACAUUGACGCAAAAUCUACCUCCCCGCGUCGAUAAUAAGCUGCUGGCACGCCAGAAGCGCCGUCGGACCAGUCCUGAGGACCAUGCCAUUUUGGAGGCGGAGUAUAGACGAAACCCGAAACCAGACAAGGCAGCUCGGGCCAGUAUAGUUAGUCGGGUUGCUCUGGGGGAAAAGGAAGUUCAGAUAUGGUUCCAAAACCGCAGGCAGAACGAUCGACGGAAGUCGAAACCUCUUCAACCACAUGAACUUCUGGCCCCUCGAUCGACGUCGCAGGAUUCCUCGCAGCACAGCGGAAGUGACGACAACGUGUUGGCGGAGAAAGGUUCAUCGAGUGGGGCGGAGCACUGUGACGGAGGCGAGCAAGCCACAGACUCGAACGCUGUAACAAACUCACACCUCAACGCAUCAUUUCAAUCGUCGUUCGAUUCCGGAGUAGUUUCCGCGGAUAAUGAAGAGGUUGAGCCUCAGAUACAAAGUUCGCAGACUAGCGUCGCUUCGAAGUCUUCGAGUAGCAUCAGGAAUGCUCCCGGGACUGUUGACAAACCGGAAAUAAAGCCUCUAAAAGAGACCAUGUCUGCGGAAGAACAACUUGGACAAUCCCCCAAAAGAAAACGGACAUUCACAGACAUCUGCAGUGGCGAAUCCGAGACCCAACACGGCAUUGAGAGGACAGGCAUCCAGAGGUUGCCUGGGGUAAAGACGCCACCCUCAUUGCGAAUAUCACUAUCCUUCGACGGCGAGGCGAUGGUCAGGAAGGAAGGAGAGAUGACACCGUCGCCGUUGAAGGGACGCAGCGCAGUGAGAAUCUCAAUGUCUUCAGACGGUGAAGCAUUGAUUCGAACCGGAAACGAGCCAUCCCCCUCCAAAGCGCGGACGGUAUUGUUUCCCACCCCAAACAGAAGCUUUCGAGCUGGCGGCCUACGGAGAAGCAACAGUGCUGUCAGCCUGGGUGCAGCGAGACCAGAUCUGCUAGAUCGGGAUGUCCGUAACAAGGCUUUUGGGAGGUCUCGUGACGCUCGCAACUGGGAACUGUACUGCGAUACUGAUGCUCGAAGUGCACUGUCCACUCCGUCAAGUUCCCAGGGUACACCCAACGCCGCUAAAUCUGGUCUGAUGCGGUCCAGGAGUAACCGAUCAUUAAGUCGGAGCUUCUCUGGCCGAGAAAAUGCUCUUGCUCCCCGUUCGGAUCUUCAGAACAGGGUGGCGGUUCCAUUACAGUCAGGCGAGAAGAGGCGCAAAUUGUCGCGCACUGUUUCAUCCCUAGGAAGACUCCAGUCUGAUCAGAAUAUCUCCAUGGACAAGAGCCCUUUGCCACGGAAGGAUCUCAAGUCGUACAAUGGCUCGAAGUAUGAAGUUUUUGAAGACAUCGACCCUGGCGAUUCCGACAAAGAAAACUGGGUCCCGGGAACACAGCAACCUCAGGUCCGCCGGAGAGCAGUUCCCAGGCAGAACCGGCGUCCUAUACUCAAGGAAGCAGGUCGGGCGCAAGACCAGCCUGGGAAAAGUUCGAAGGUAAUGGCCGAUGGCAGGCACGCACGGUCAUCCCGAAAUCAGGGACCCAGUGCAAGUAAAGAGAAUGCUCUGGCACCGGAGGUUGAUGAAGAGGUUUCUGCAUUCAUGUCUGCCGCUGGCGGGCCUAGCCAGGAAGAAGACCUCGAUUGCAUUCAGGGCCUGUUAUCACUAAGCCAAGGUGCAUGGCGAUAA